CUAUUCGAUCGAGUUCUCUUUCGAGAUUCCCGCCGACGGCAUCGACACGCUCGAGCGGGAGAGUUUCGACCAGAAACGAGGAGAGAUGACGGAGCACCACAACAGUGCAGUGGAUCCAAGAAUCCCGGUGCUGAAGGGCGAGACCCUCAAGGAUUUCACGAGGUACAAGCGCGCCGUGCAGGCGGCGGAGCUGAGCUGCGAGACGGAGGAUCAACUACAGGCGCUCGGCCCCAAGCUGUAUAGGAACCUGCUCGGCGCGGACAACAGCAUCAGCGUGCUCAUCGAGCAGACGGCACAGCGCUUCGCCAAGAGCAGUUUUCGGGAGCUGCCGAAGGCAUUCGACGCCUUCUUCGAUCAGACGCACUUCGAGCGGAAAGGCGAGGAACCCAUGGCGGCGUUCUGCACGGCCAUGGAGGUGGCCAAGCGUAACCUAGAGGAGGUGGACCCGGACACGAAGAUAAGCAGCAACGAGCUAGGGUACCACACUCUGAAGCGAAGCGGCCUCGACAAGGACGAGCGCAAUCUGGUGAUUGCACGGGCGGAGGAGACGUUUAACUUCCAGAAGAUCAGCAUGACGCUGAAGAACCUCUUCCCACGCGGCAGCGCGAAGCAUCGGGGGCAAGUCAGAUCGGGCUGGAGAUGGACGAUGAACACCGAAGAGGAGCCACCCGACGAAGAGGAUCCAGGAGAAUACUGGGUGCAGGACGAUGACGGAUACUGGCAUGAAUGGGACGAUGAGCGUGGAAUCCACGUGUGUACGGACGAGGGUGACGACAACAGCUGGGACUGCAGCGACCUGUUCUUCAUCGAGGACGACGCGGACACGUUCCUGGCCGACGAGGACGACGACUACCGCAGAGCCUUCGUCACCCUGCGCGAGAGCCGCCUGAAGAUGAACAAGCUUCGGGCUGCUCGCGGGUUCUUCAAGGGAAGAAUCGACGGAGUCGUGGACGAGAGCGCGGCUGCUGGUGGCAAGGCGGCCGGAAGAAGUUUCUCCAAAGGCAACCCUGGCAAAGGAAAGGACAAGGGUAAGUCAAAGGACAAUAGGUGCACCAACUGCGGCCGGAUGGACCACGACACGGCGAACUGUCCAACUGGCGGCUCUACUGGCAAGACGGGCAAGCCCAAGGGCCGCGGCAAGGGACCGAAGGGAGUCCAACGACCACGACGCUACGGCUUCUGGGCGAUGACGACCCUGGUCUGGGCCGUCCCGGCGUGCGUGAACUUCGUGGGUCAGAUGACCGCCGUGGGCGAGCUGGCCGACAGCGCCGCGGUGCAGACCGCUAAGGACGUCUACGACAUCAUGACGGUGAGCGUGGAUAGCGAUCCGAUCGUGCCGGAGAGGCUCGAGUUGGAGGUGCUGGUCUCGAAGGAGGCCGUGCCGGCGGCCCUGGUGGACAGCGGUGCGUCGGUGGCGGUCGCCGGGCGCGGCUGGCUGGACCGCGUCGCGACCGAGCUCGCGAAGUACGGCCUGAAGCCCAUCAAGGUGGACGCCGCGCAGAGGUUCAAGGGACUCGGCGGCGCCAUGCGCGAAGCCAAGCAGAAGUGGAUCAUCCCCAUCGGCGUUGGGAGGGUCCAUGCCAUCCAGGAGUACUUCGAGAUCCCUGGUGACAUGGUCGGCCUCACGAGCAGGAAGAACCUGGCCGACUGGAAGACGAACCUCUACGUGCGCGAGGACGGCCACUGGGCGGACUUCCAGGAGCUGGGGGUCUACGACAAGGAGCUGGUGAGGCUUCCAGGCGGCCACGCGGGUAUCGACAUCUUCGACUACGACCUAGAGUCGUACGAGACGGAGCCGCUCUUCGAGAAGUUCCGCAUCCACCAGGUCGACCCCGAGCCGGAGGUGUUCCUGGUCGCGGAGACGCUGCAGGAGGUCAAGCCGGACUUCCAGCUGAAGGACGACGCCGACGCGUGGGUCGCGGAGGCCUUGAAGAAUGGCAACAAGGGCAUUCUCAAGAAGAGCACGGUCAAGCGGAUCGACAAGCCCAUGAGGGAGUACGAGGUGAUAUUCGACGUGCUGCGUGACAACUCGGAGACCUUCCUCUGGGAGCUGUUUGCGAAGGAGGCUCGCUUUACCAGAGCGGCCUCGAGAGGUGGUCACGCGAAUGCGACCCCUUCAGAUCUGUCGGUUGGUGUGAAUUUCAAUGACCCCAAGGUUUGUUCCGAUUUCCUGUUCAUGAUCAAGAUUUUCAAGCCUUGGAUGGUUUCAGUCGCGUUUCCUUGUACGCCCUUCACGAACAUGCCGGAGUUUCAGCGGGCACAGGGCAUGGGCGACUGGGUCGAUGACAUGGUCGAGGAGUUUACGCCACUGGUCAGCUUCUCGGCGGACGUACUUCGACUACAGGCUGAGGGAGGACGAAUCGGUAUCGGCGAGAAUCCGUUGACGAGCCGAGCGUGGAACCAAGAAUCGAUGACGGACCUGACGAGCUGGAAAGACGACCGGCCACCAUCCUACGACACGGUCACGCUGCACCAGUGCAUGUACGGGCUCGUGGACGAGAACGGUACACCGAUUCGGAAGGCGACGCGCAUGCUGGUACCAUAUGGGUCGUGUUUUCCUUCCUGGCUGGAACGCAGAUGUGACGGAGGUCACGCACAUGCGGAGACGGUCGGCCGGAGCGCGAUGCUCUCGCGAUCGGCUGCGUGGCCGGAGGAGCUCGGCAAGACCUUGGUCAAAGCCAGGACGCACGAGCUGGCGAUGCGCACGACCUUGAAGGAGCUGCGAAUCUGGAACAACGGGGAGAAGAUUCCGAGCCGACCAACUGUGAAUGGAGUUGCGAAGGCAUUCAAGCUGAGAAAGGAGUUGAUCGACGUGCGCGUGCUGAGGGGCACCGAGGAGAUACCACUACCUCGAGGAGCUGUACGGCGUAUCUACGCGAUGUACUCCAGCGAGGGCUUGCUGGCCGACUACUCGGAUGCCUACGCGGACGACUCGGAUUUCCAGACGAUCGACCUGGCGGAGAGGUAUCCCUCGGACACGGUCGUGGCGAUCUACGUGAAGGAGCCGAAAGUGCAGACGUCCUACCCUGCGACGGUGUUUGCCUAUGGAGCCACGCCGAAGGAGUUCAAGCCAGACGAUCGAGACGCAGACGCAGUACAUCGAGACCUACACGAAGAGGGGAAAGGUUUCGGGGAUAAGCCCCCGGACAUCACUACGGCCCAGUGGGGCGCUCUUCGGAAGCUCCACUUGAACCUGAGCCAUCCGUCUGCACACGCCCUCAAGCGACGCCUGAAGUCCUACGGGGUGUCGAAGGAGGUGCUCGAAGCGGUGGACAAGUUGGACUGCACCGUGUGCAAGGAGCUGGGCAGGCCGAACACCACGAGGUCAGCCAAUCUGAAGCUCUCGACGGAGUUCAACGAGAACGUGUUCCUAGACGAGGCCGAGGUGAUCCUCUCGGACGGGACGCGGCUGAUGGUCAUGGUUAUCCUGGACGACGCUUCGAGCUUCAGGGUGAUCGUUCCGACCACAGCUGUGCGAUCGAUUGCGGGCGAGGAGAGCCUACGGUGCUUCUCGCAAGGUUGGUUGUCGUGGGCAGGCCCUCCGAAGCUGCUCUACUACGACGCGGCGAAGGGCCACAUCACGAAGCGGUUCGCGGAGAUCGGUGACAAGUACAACAUCCUGAUGAGGCCGGUCCCGGCGGAGGCGCCUCAGCUAAAGGGAAGAGUCGAGCGUGCCAUCGACUUCUUCAAGGAUCAUUUCCAGCGCCUGAACCGCGACGUGCAGCUCACGAAGAACGACGAACCAACGGUAUGGACUUCAGUGAUAGCGAGCACGUGCAACAACCACAUGCGACGCAACGGUUUCACGCCCUGCCAGUACGUGCUGGGGAAGUCGCCCGGGACUCCGACUUCGCUGAUCGAGGCGAUGGAGGGCGACCAGAGGCAGCUGGCGGCACAGAGCGCGGCACUCUUCGAGGACGGGCCCCGGCGGGCCGAGCAGAUUCGUGCAGCGGCGAACCGGGCGUUCUUCGAGCUGGACAGCGACGACGCCGUGAGGAGGGCCACUAUCGGCCGAGUCCGACCGCCACGAGGACCAUUUGUGCCGGGCCAGCUGGUGUUCUACUGGCGCGAGGUGAAGCACGUGAAGUCCAAGAGGCUCCAGGGCGAGCUGGGAUGGCGCGGCCCAGCCAUUGUGCUGGCGACGGAGGGCCACACGAGACUGCACCUGAGUUACCGAGGGGUGCCGGUGCUCGUGACGCCCGAGCAGGUGCGGCAUGCAUCGCGCGACGAGGCGGAGAUGGUGGAGAACGAGGACCUUGUCAGGCAGCUUUCGCAGUGGAAGCACCUGGAGCUCAACCUGGAGGACUACCAGAAGUACCACCACUACCCGGCGACGGGCCGGGACUUCAAGUACACGGACCAGCAUGCGACCCACCUGCACCUGAUGCUGCUGGGUAGGGGCACUCCAUGGACCUGGACGCAGCUGCUGUGCCAGGUAAUCCGCAUCAUGAACCUGAGCGAGCCGAACAGCCAGGUGAGCCGCGCGGUGGAGAAACGCACGAGGGAUGCAUUCCUGGCAAGGAGGACCGAUACAGCCAAGAAACAGGUUGCACCUAAGAAAGGUCGAGAACUACGCAGCAUCCCGGCAGAGUGGAAGGAAGCAUUCGACGCGAGCGACCUGGACGAGUGGCGCAAGUGGAUCCAGUACGACGCCGUGGAAUGGCCGACGGAGAAGGAGCUCGCAGGGGUCGAGAAGACGGACGUCCUGCCGAUGCGGCGCGUCCGGACGGACAAGAACGAGCCGACGAGGGGCAACCUCUCGUACGAGCAGCACCCGCUGAAGGCGAAGUCGAGGAACAUCGUUCCCGGGUACAAGGACAAGCAGCUGCUCGCCGGCGAGUUGCAGACGAACGCGCCCACGCUCACGGACACGGCCACGGCGGUGAUUCUCCAGGAGGCGGCCAGCCAGGAGGGCUGGACGCUGGAGCAGGGCGACGUCGACUCGGCGUUCCUGAAUGGGAAGUACCUCGACAGCUCACGACGUGUUUAUUUUCGAGCUCCCAAGGGCGGUCUACCGGCAGUCCCGGAGAUGGGCUGGCCGUUCGUGCCCGAGGGAACCAUCCUGAAAGCGAAGAAGGGGAUCUACGGGCUGAACGACGCACCUUUACUGUGGCACGAGGAGCACCGCGACACCAUCCUGUCAUUGCCCGGGGCUUCGAGAUCCAAGCUGUGCCCGGCUCUCUUCAUCUUCCACGACGAGAGCGGGAAGCUGAUCGGCCUCAUCGGGACUCACGUGGAUGACGACUUGGUCGCGGGUUCGCCCGAGUUCUUCGCGAAUCAGGUGGCGACGCUGAGGAAGAUGCACUGCUACGGCAAGUGGCAGUCUGCGCGGACAGGGUUUCACCACUGCGGGCGCUUCCUCAAGCAGAACGACGACGGCACCAUCACGUGCAGCCAGAGGGAGUACACGGAGAGCAUCGGGAAGAUUCCUAUUUCGGCCGAGCGCCGGAGGAACAAGGAAGCGAAGGCCACGGCUGAGGAGAGGGCGUUGCUCCACAGCGGCAACGGCCAGAUCCAGUGGCUGGUGCGCUCUACGCGUAUGGACUUGGCGUUCCGUCUGGUGGAGAGUCAGACGAGGGCUCACGACAGCGACCUGAAGGUGCAGGACCUGCUCGACUUCAACAAGCUGGUGAGCGACGCCAAGACAGACCACGUGGACAUCACUUUCCAGAAGACAACAUGGACGAUGCGAUCUCACGGCAACGUGGGCAAGACGAAGACGGCGAGCCAGGCCGGACUGGUCAUCCUGCUAGCGGACAACAAGGACAACCAGUUCCUGCGCGGGAUGCCUACCAAGAUCACCCCCAUGCUGUGGCGCUCACACCGCAUUAAACGUGUAGUGCGCAGUGCCCUUUCGGCCGAGACGAUCGCAGCUUUGGAGGCGGUCGAGAGUGGCGACAUGCUGAGGCAGCACCUGGUGGAACUACACUACGGACUGGGCUACCGGACCCACAUGGAGGACGUCAAGGCGAUUACCAUGGUGGAGGCCACGGAUUGCAAGUCUCUCUACGACCUGCUGCAGAAGCGCGGCACGGUUCCCUCCGAGAAGCGGCUGCUCAUCGACAUCGAGGCGCUCAGGAACGACAUCGAGUUCAACAACGUGGUGAGCAAGUGGGUGAACACCAAGCAGAUGCUCGCCGACUGCCUCACCAAGCACGACGUGCGCGCUGGCGACUACAUGAGGUACGUCCUGCAGACGGGCGAGUACCGGCUGACCGAGGACCUCAUGGCGGACCAGGUUAUCCAUCAGCAACGGACGGAGCUCAAGGGACGCAGGGGGGAGUACUACCGCACGAAGUACCCCAAGCGACAGCGACCUGCCGAUCAGCCUUUCGUGCACGAGGGCUACACGUACUUCGAGGACUGCAUCGCAGACGUGAGGUACAAUGCGAAGGUCGUCAAACCUGCUCCGAAGCCAUACCUACGUUGGCGGAUGAUGCUGGGCCAGCGCGAGAACGAUAUCUACUACGAGAAGCUCGAGGAGAUGGUCGACUGGUCCGGCUUGGACCAGGUGGUGAAGCGUCGGACGAUCCCGACGCACGUGCGUAAGUUGCUGACGGUCUACGCACCGACCAAGGGGGCCCUCGAGCGCUACGAGAAGGACUUUGCAGAGAAGCACACCAUCAAGAAGCCAGAUGCGACUGAGGAUCCAGAGGACAAGGAGGAGUUGAAUGUCACAUCGGAGAUGGAGAUGCAUGUGGAGUCAGACGUGAAUGCCAAGCUGGAGUGCACCGACGACACGAAGGAGAUCUACAUGAUGGACGCGACGGGGGCCGACGCUGAGGAGAUCAGAGCAAGCCCACAGGGAGGUGCAGCUGCGGCGUGGACUACCAUGGUAGUGUGUACUGUGUGUCGCAUGACGGUGGACCAGUGCGAGUGCGGACCGAGGACACGGAAGAAGCCACACAAGGACAAGGCCGAAGACAAGAAGGUCCCCAGCGACAUAGACGAAGGCAGCUGGCAAGAAGUCCCGAGUGUACGCGCCACAUCGGCGACAUCGCCGACGCCAUCUAAGAAAUUUAUGCAGAAGGCAUACCGUCUACACGAGACGACCGGACACGCUCCCUACGAGAAGAUCGAGAGUGACUUCGGAGACGUGCUGGAGGACGGAGUUCUGGAGGCGUACCGUAUGGUGAUCGACGAAUGUGCAGUGUGUCGGAAGGCAACCCAGGAAGCUGGCAAAACCAAGUACACCAAGAAGUCAAGUCCGACGAACACGAAGUACAGGACGAAGGACCAAAGCAAGCACAUCGACCCCGACCUGUGCGAGCACCCGACGGACAAGCAAACGAGAGCAGGGACCAACCAGUAUAAGGAGAAGAUCAAGUGCACCGAGUGCGGGACCCUACUCGUGGAGCGCGACACGCCAUAG